AUGACAUAUCAGUCCUAUUUGACUGUUAUUUAUCAUUUCUUAUUUGCUUCUAACACCCACCCAAAGAUUACCUAUCCUCGACAAAACAUUGAGAUGAAUGCCAAAAAAACACGUACCGAAAACCUUGUAACUUCCAUGUUUACUGACAUGCAUCCAAGUGUUCGAAAAUACCAGAACAUUGAAAAUGUCAUUCUUGAAGUUUUACCCCCUUUGAUGAUUAUUAUGCAGCCAUCACUCCGGCCAGUAAACACCCAACUGUACAGUAACCGUGAAAAAGAAGGUUUAAAACAACUAAUCCGAAACAUGAUUGCCUACAAUAUGACAUAUCGCCAGGAGAAACUUCCAGAAGGUCAAUAUAGCUAUAUUCUUGAUCCAAAUGUUGAAGAAGUGGUUAAUUUCCCUGGAUUGAAGCAACACAAACAACUCACUUAUGCAGCCAAGCAGUUGAUAGCCAGGGAGAUUGAAAUUGAGAAAAUGCGAAUGGCAGAACGAUCGAUGUACAGCAAUAUGAGCCUAAAGGACGGCAAUUUGUCGGUAGCUAACUCACAGGAUUUUUUUCUUUGCCUAUUUUCCUCUUCCUCUUUUCUGACCUACACUCCAUUCACUUCUACCAAUAUGAUAUUCUCUCCCUUGUAUUCCCCCCACCCUCAUGAGUUAAGUUUGCUUUUGUCUCUUUCUUAUUCAUUUCUCAUCAAUUUGUUUUAUUUUCCAACUUAUUAUCAUCUAUCUUUUUUAUCUACUCUCUAUAGAUUCUUUAGUAACUGUCUGUCUGCUCCUGUCACAAUUCUUUGCUUUUUAUUUUGCUUUUUCUUUCAGAUCAAAAUAAUGAAAUGCAAAAGAAAUGCAGAAGAGAAUGAGAACAUUCUCUUUUUGCAUUUCUUUUGUUGUCUCCUCAUUUUUUCUUACGCUUCAAUGUCUGUCAGUAUCUUUCCUUUCACUCGUGUCUUCUUUUCCUUUUACUAUUUCUUUGUUUUUCUCUUUUUUUUUUCUUUGUUUUUCUCCAACAUCAAUUUAGCACUUUUUUUUCUCUAUCUUCCUCAUCUUCACACCUUUCUUUCUUUCAUCCAUCUCCUCGCCAUCCUAAUUUUUUCUAUCACUUCCUCUUUCAUUUUCUUUCCAAUUGUCCAUGCAUUUCUUUUUCUACCAUCACCUUCCCCUACUUUCUGA